AUGAUGGCGGUGACUUUGACGAUCCUUGUCACCUUGCUCUCCCUUCUCUCUACGCCAUCGUGUGGGCGAAUGGUUGGGGAGAAGACUGAGAUUGCUGACGUGAGAACAAACAGGGAAGUUCAGGACCUUGGGAGGUUCGCGGUGGAGGAGCACAACCGAGGUCUAAGGCUGUGGCGGAAUAACGUCGACGAUGGUGGAGAGCAGUUAAAGUUCGCGGAGGUGGUUGAAGCGCAGCAACAAGUGGUUUCAGGGAUGAAGUAUUACCUGAAGAUCUCUGCCACUCAUAAUGGAGUUCACAGAAUGUUCACUUCGGUGGUGCUUGUGAAGCCAUGGCUUCAUUCCAAGAAGCUUCUCAACUUUGCUUCUUCUUCAUCGAUCUAG